CCCCCCACCCCCAACCGUGGGGAUCCCCAAAUCCAGAUGGCCCCCGGGCCCGCCCUCCCUGCCACGUGACCAGGAGGUUGUGCAAUCCAGCCCCCUCCCCUGACCCCCUCCCUGAGGGGAUUUUCGAGGAGGGCUGAGCUCCGGCCAGCCAGCACCCCUGCCCCCCCCAGGGGGCUGGGCCAAGGUAUAAAUAGGGGUGGCUGCCGCAGCAGCAGCACACCCAGCCCGCACCACCAUGCUCGCCCUGGACGCUGCACAGCUCGAAGGUCCACACUUCAGCUGUCCGCACCCAGAUGGAGUCUUCUACGACCUGGACAGCUGCAAGCACCCCGGCUACCCCGAUUCAGAGGGGGCUCCUGACUCCCUGUGGGGUUGGACUGAGGGCCCAGCUGUCCCAGCCUCCUCUUUUGAAGCCUACGACUCGGCCGUGGCCACCUUCAGCCAACCCCAGGGUGUCCAGCUCUGCUACGGACCCUCGACCUACAGCCCCGUGGGAAGCCUCGACCCGGCCCCCAGCCUGGAGGCCCCGGGGCCCGGCUUCCCAGUGUACCCCAUGGAGGACCUCCCCAGCCAGACCCUGGGCCCCCUGGCGUACGCCCCGUACCCCAGCCCCGUGCUGUCGGAGGAGGAAGAUCUCCUGCUGGACAAUCCCACCCUGGAGGUCUCGGACAGCGAGUCGGAUGAGGCCCUCAUGGGUGGCCCCGAGGGAAGGGCAUCUGAGGCAGGGGCCCGGAAGAAGCUGCGCCUCUACCAGUUCCUGCUGGGUCUGCUGACGCGCGGAGACAUGCGCGAGUGCGUGUGGUGGGUGGAGCCCGGCACCGGCGUCUUCCAAUUCUCCUCCAAGCACAAGGAGCUGCUGGCGCGCCGCUGGGGCCAGCAGAAGGGCAACCGCAAGCGCAUGACCUACCAGAAGCUGGCGCGCGCCCUGCGCAACUACGCCAAGACGGGCGAGAUCCGCAAGGUCAAACGCAAGCUCACCUACCAGUUCGACAGCGCGCUGCUGCCCGCCGCCCGCCGGGCCUGAGCCCAGGGGGGCUCUCAGGGGCUCCACGCCUGUGUCACGUCGGCGUCCCCACACCCUAGGUCAGAGGACCCGCGGAUACCCGCACUGCGGGGGAGGAGGGCUGCCUUAAUCCCUAAGCCCUGCCCAGGGUCCCUCUGGGACCCCCCAAUCGUGUCUGGGGCCUCUCUGGGAUUCCCUUGUCAUGUCCAGGAGCCCCAGGAUCCUCAUGUCUCGGGUCGCAGGACCCAUAGACGACUCUGCUAUGUGUCUGUGUGGAGCGAGGCGGGGCAUUGCUUCCAGAAUCCCAAGAACGCCUCUGGGAUCCCCUUAUGAUGUCUGAGACCCCCCAACCAGGCCGGGGACCUCCCUGAGAUCCCAUUUGUGUCUGAGAUCCUUCAGUAUCAUCUGGGGGAGAGUGAGCCCGCAGAUCAUCACGCCAGGAGGGGCGCCUACCAGCAACCUUAAGCCCUGUCCAGGGUCUUUCUGGGAUCCCCUACUCAUGUCUGGGUCCCUCAAGUCAGAUCUGGGAUGUCCUAGUUAUGUUUGGGGCCCUCUGUGAAUUCUUUAUCACGUCUCAGAUCUCUGUACCCAUCUGUGACUCUCUUGUCCUAUCCGUCCCCUCCCAAUCCCUUUGUCAUCUUUGGGAUCGCCUAAUUUUCUGGAACUUUUCUGUGUGUGGAAUUCUCCAGUCACGUCUAGGGCCCCUCUGGGAUCAUUUUGUCAUGUCUGAAAUCACCCUUGUCAAAUCUAGGGGGACCUCAGUGAACCUUGUCAUGUCUGGGUCACCUCUGGUAUCCCCAUCUGAAAUGCCCCUUUGGGGACCCCACCAGCAGCCCUGUGUUCUCAUGGGACGGUUCCUCUCCUGGGGAAACCUCGUGGGGCCAUGCCGGGGACCAUUCUGGCUAAUCAACUGGUUUCUGGGUGAUCUUGUCAGCCCUCCCAUGUCAUUUCUAACCAGAGGUCUCAAACUGGUGACAGCCUCCCCGUCCCGCAGGGCAAAUCAGGUCCCUGGUGGUGGUUAGUUCACUGUGGCGGGUUUUUUUUUUUUUUUUUGAGGGGGGAUGCGAAUUAGCUGACAUUUCAAAAUAGGGCCGUUUUGCAUAAUCCUUCACUUAAAACUUUGCACAAUCCAGCAAUGGUGGGCCAGCUUUGCAGUGUGGAGAGGCUGGAGCAGGGUGGCACUGUCUCCUAAAGGGACCUCUGUUCUCCAAUCUGCCCCAGUCCCGGCCACCCCUGGCUGUCACACCCCAGUGGCUUCUCUCAGUUGCUCGUUGGGCCCCAACCAUUUGCGUUUUGACCCCUGAUGUGAACCCAGCUGGAGGUGAAGCCUGGA